AUGGAGAGCGUGGCGGACGUCUUGCCCUUCGAAUGGCGCAGCCUGGUCGACGACGAGGAGGUGUGGGAGACCCAGGUCCGGCGUAUCCUCGCGGACCACCCCGACCCCGUCCUCGCCCCACCGCCCACCGCCCCCACGCCCGCUCCUACCGCCGCCGCCGCCGCCGCCGCCACCACCCCCGAUUCACCAGCACCCACCGAUUACCAGUACACACACCAGCCCUUCGGCCUCGUCGACGAGCCUCUCCUGUGGAAGGAGGUGGGGCGCACGGGUGAGGUGGAAGCGGAGGCGGAGGAGAAGAUCGAGGUGUGGGACCGGGAGGCGCUGAAGCGGCGGGAGAAGAAGAGGAAGACGGAGGAGAACCGGCGGGCGUUCCGGGCCAGGGCCGAGAGCUGGGUCAAGCCCAAGGACCGCACCUGGAAGUGGCUCUACCGCGCCAAAACGGUUCCGCCCCAAACGCGAACGACAAAGCAAUCGUAA